UGACACCAUAUGAGCAAGUUCGAACGGUACGCAGAACUUGCGUCGUCUGCACAGUGAUUUUGACAAGAGCCGUGCGAUAGAGAAGUGAAACCUCCGAGACGGACAGUUCCAUUGUUACAAUUACCGGAGUUAACGUAAAUCAACGCGAGGCACCAUUCGGAGAAAAAUGUCAAAAAUCGAAGAAGGGAACGCUCAUAUACGACAGGCCGAAAAAAGCUUAAAAACAUCGCUAUUAAAAUGGAGACCCGAUUUCGAAGUUGCUGCCGAGGAAUACUCGACCGCAGCAACUUGCUUUAGAAUAGCAAAGUCUUAUAAACAAUGCAAAGAAUGUUUAAUGAAAGCUGCUGAUUGUCAUAAAGAAAACAAAUCAUGGUUCCAUGCUGCAAAAUGUAUAGAACAGGCUGUACUUAUUUGCAAAGAGAUGGGAAAUCUUACGGAUGUACCAAAAUUAGCAAAUCGUGCCUGCAAUUUAUAUCAGAUGCACGGUUCGCCUGAAUCAGGAGCGAACGUGCUCGACAAAGCAGGGAAAAUGUUAGAAGCUACUGAACCAAAAGAAGCAUUAGAUUUGUUUUCACACGCUGCUAACGUUGUUAUGGGCGAGGAUAGCCCGCGUCAUGCAGCGGAAUAUAUGAGCAAAGUGGCAAGAUUACUGGUUAAACUGCAAAUGUAUGAUGAAGCAGCGAACGCUAUUCGUAAAGAAAUUGGAAUGCAUCAGCAGAUAGAUCAUGGGCCUUCGAUUGGGAGAUUGACAGUGGCAUUAGUGUUAGUGCAAUUAGCUCGAGGUGAUCAAGUGGCAGCUGAGAAAGCAUUCAAAGAAUGGGGGAAUUAUUGUGAAGCUCCUGAGAUCAAUACGUUAGAAAUGUUGUUGCAAGCAUAUGACAAUGAAGAUGCAGAUGCUGCGAGAGCAGCAUUGAAUAGCCCUUUCAUUAAGCAUAUGGACGUUGAGUAUGCUAAAUUGGCCAGAGGCUUACCUCUACCACAACAGGAAUAUGCAGUGCAACCAGCUGGAGUUACAGCAAAUGCAGCAGAAUCAUAUUCGUCCCCCAAUGCGUCAAAGUUAAUGGAAGAAACUAAAAGCGGAAUUGAAAAUUUGCGAGUUAAUGAAUCUGAAGGACCCAGUAAAAUGGCAUCUGAGGAAACAGUAGAGAAAGAUGGGGUGGAAGCAACAUCUUCAAAGAAAGAAGAGAAAGACGAAGAUGAUGAUUUUGAAGAGGGACUAUGUUGAUUACUCGUAUCUAUCGAAAUUGGAUUGAUUCAUGUCUUCGAUUAUAAACAAAGUUUAUUUUGUAACAGGUAUUAUACCAUAUUAAUCCAGAGAUAUAUCUAAUGCCUAACAUGUUCUUUACAGGCACGCUUACACAUAUUAUGUAUACUGGAAGUGUCUAAUCAUGUUAAAUUAUAUGCUGGCUUGGUGAAGAAAUUAUCAGAGAAACUGUACGAAUAUAUAUGUAUGUACAUAUAUAUUUAUAUAUUCAUAUUAUGAACUAUUUGAUUCUUAAAUAUAUGUUCAGAAAUGUGAUACCUGUAAGAAUGUUGUACUUGUUUAAAGCUAUAGCUACAUGAAACGUAUUAAGUGUAGUUCUAUUUAUGUAUAAGAAAUUUCACGAUGACAAGUAAAUAUGUAAUAUACAAGCAUUUAAGUUGGAUAGAGCGUACGAAUGUAAUCUUCAAAAGACACUACUUAAAUACUGGCAAUAGCUUUGUAAAGAUUUAAUUUUCUAGUACAUAUUUAUAGGGCAUCUUCAGCGAAUAUUUGCAUAUAACUGCAAGUUUUAUGUCAAUAAAGAUGUACAAACUACACAGAUAUAUUUUAAUAAUCUAAUCUUAUGUUCACAAAAUGUAAAGAUAUGAAUAAUAAAAUAAAUUUUGUUCCAAGUA